UACUAGACACAGAGUAGAUGUCAGUCAAAUCAAAUCGUCAAAGUUACGAAAUGAUACAAAAACAUUAACAUAACCUAAAAUUGUAGACUAAAGUAGUGAAAUAUAUUCUCAGUUUAAUAAGUUUCGUGAGUAUUAAUAUUUAAUUUAAUCGCAUCAAAAUGCAAGUUUUGCAUCAUGCGAUGAAGUCUAGCGAUGAAGAAUCAACGGUCGGGAAGAAAAGAAGAGGAAGUGAAGGCAGUGAAGUACAAGACGAGCAUGAUAUACCGGUUAUAAAGAAAUUAAAAACAGAAAUACACUCAACCACAGAAGAUAAUAUGGACUCGGAUUCAAGUAGUGAUUUUGAAAGGCCAACGAUUAAGGUAGAAAGACAAAUGGAAUUUGGAGAUAUCCUAAAAGAUUUUGAUGAUUUAAAUGAACCAGCUUGUAUGGACAGAAUACUGAUGUAUCUAGAAGAAAUCAAAGAUGAAGAUUAUUUUUUCAUGGAGUUAUUAGUGGAUAAAUUAAAAGGUGAGACUAUAACAUGGGAACAACCGUGGUAUCAGCAGUCAAAUUCUCUUUCAAGGCCAUUUAAAAAUAAUAAAAAUGAGAACCAUGCAGAGCCUUAUAGAACAGACACAAUCUGCAAAGCUGAAAGUGAUUUGAUAGAACACAACUGGCGUCAAUUCAAGAAGCUAUAUGAAGUUCCUGACAAGUUAAUAUGUUUGGCUCGCUGGAGAAAUAAAGAAAAAAGUAGACUACCUAACACACCUGAAGAGCAGGCAAGACGUUUUGUAGUUGCAUUUUUGGCGCGUGGCUUAGAAAGAACAAUAUAUCAAGUGUUCAGGCAUAUUGUAAGCCAUUAUGGUGGGGCUGUGAAAGGUCCCUACUCCUCUGAUGAAGAAAAGAUCAUGAAAGUCUGUUUCACCCACCAUCCUAACCAUGCAGUCACAUUAUUGUCAAUGGUUUUGAGUAGAGAACCUAGGGGAAUAUACAAAAGAUUGCGGCAAAUGUUCAGUGGAAAACCAGAGAAGAAGAAGAUUAAAUGGUCAUUGUCAUUGGCAACUAGAUUUGUGAAGCUUUUGCUAAAGUACACAAAAUUGCCUUUAGAAGAACUGAAAUAUAGGAAAAUUGAUAAAGAAGUUUGGUUGAAACUAGAAAAGAAAUUUGAUCAACAUUAUAUACACUUACAGAGCUUUUGGUACCAGACUCUUCAUGUCCAGAUUUAUGUAAAAGAACCUCUGAAAAUAAAUAAACUAAGAAAAGGCGUAUUUCAAAGCCUACUGUCAUCAUCUUAUCAAGUAUGGACAGACAUUCGAUGGAAAGACCUAGUCAAGCAGUUUCCUGAUGGAAUAACACACAAGUUUUUAUAUAGUAUAUGUCGAAGUGUUGUAUAUAAAAUUCCAGAAUAUUUGAAGAAACCUCUACCUGAAGUUGCACAAUAUGCAAUAGAGAAAAUCAAGAAUCAUUCAUUUCAGAAACGUCGUUUGAAAACUUUACAGUUUGAUGAAAAUGGAGAAUUAGAAAUAGCUGGAUACUAACAAGAACAUAAAGUAUUAAGAUGUUAUAUCCAAUGUGAUAUUAUUUUAUGAAUUGAUUGCUUUAUUAUGUAAGUUAUUACUUGCUGAAUGUGCUUCCAAUUAACACUGACUAUAUUCCGCGUUCGACAUUGGACGUGGGGUCACCAAAAGUACAACCCAAUAUCUAUGUAAUGGCAGUAUAGGUAUGAUGACCUAUACUAUGUAUCAAUAGACGUCCAUAUAGCGCAACCAACAACUUGUGUGGUGAUCAUGGUUAAUCAGAAAAUAGUCUUUGUGAAAUCUGUUCAAUUGAAAGGGUAUCCAGAGUUCAAAUUAACUCAUAAGACUGUUGUAAUGUGUAUAAGAUGUUAAUAAAAAGAUAAUAAUAUCACCAUACCUUUUGCAGCAAAGAAGUCUUUCAUUUUUAUAAAAUACCUUUAGUUAAGUAUGUAACUAGGUACUGGUUAUUAGUUUAAAACUUCAUAUAUUAUGUAUUUGUUUAUGUCGUAAAUACGCCUAAAAACAGACUGAAAAUAAGCAGGUAGGUAGGUAGG